CUUUAUGGGCUGUUUAAAGGAUUUCCAAAGGUGCAGUUUCUGCCUUACAUAAACUGUAGAACACCCUACUCCACCCCCUGGCCUGGUCUUGGGUCUGAGAUUGCCGGCUGACUAUGGGUACAACGGCCAGCACAGCUCAGCAGACGGUGUCAGCCAGUGCCCCCUUCGAGGGCCUCCAGGGUGGCAGCACGAUGGACGGGCGGCACUCACUCAGCGUCCACUCCUUCCAGACCACGGGCUUGCACAACAGUAAGGCCAAGUCCAUCAUCCCCAACAAGGUGGCCCCCGUCGUGAUCACGUACAACUGUAAGGAGGAGUUCCAGAUCCACGAUGAGUUGCUCAAGGCCCAUUACAAGCUGGGCCGGCUCUCAGAUGCCACCCCUGAGCACUACCUGGUGCAGGGUCGCUACUUCCUGGUGCGGGAUGUUGCUGAGAAGAUAGACCUGCUGGGCACCAUGCGGAGCUGUGGGGCCCCCAACUUUCGGCAAGUGCGGGGCGGGCUUACCGUAUUUGGCAUGGGGCAGCCCAGCCUCUUGGGGUUCAAGCAGGUCCUCCAGAAACUCCAGAAGGAUGGACAUAAGGAGUGCAUCAUGUUCUGUGUGCGGGAGGAGCCUGUACUGUUUCUGCGAGCUGAUGAGGACUUUAUGCCCUACACACCUCGGGACAAGCAGAGCCUUCAUGAGAACCUCCAGGGCCUUGGACCUGGGGUCCAGGCCGAGAGCUUAGAGCUGGCCAUCCGAAAAGAGAUCCACGACUUCGCCCAGCUGAGCCAAAACACGUACCACGUGUACCACAACAUCGAGGACCUGCGGGGGGAGCCCCAUGCUGUGACCAUCCGGGGUGAGGAUGAUGUACAUGUGACGGAGGGUGUGUACAAACAGCCCCUGUUCCUGCAGCCCACUUACAGGUACCAUCGCCUGCCCCUGCCAGAGCAUGGGGCUCCCCUGGAAACCCAGUUCGAUGACUUCGUCAGUGUCAUUCGGGAGACGCCCAGCCUGUUGCUGCUCCGAGAUGCCCAUGGGCCUCCCCCUGCUCUCCUCUUCAGCUGCCAGACCGGUGUGGGCAGAACCAACCUGGGCAUGGUCCUGGGGACCCUCAUCCUAUUUCAUCACAGCGGGACUGCCUCCAGGCCAGAGGCUGUCCCUGUGAAGACCAAGCCUCUGCCCAUGGAGCAGCUCCAGGUGAUCCAGAGCUUCCUCCACACGGUGCCCCAGGGCAGGAAGAUGGUGGAGGAGGUGGACAGAGCCAUCACUGCCUGUGCCGAGUUGCACGACCUGAAGGAAGUGGUCUUGGAAAGCCAGAGGAAGCUGGACCGUGUCCGGCCCGAGAGCCCGGCCCAGGAAAGCAGCAGCCAGCACAGUGCCCGGCAGAGGGCGCUUCAGAGCCUGGAGAGAUACUUCUACCUGAUCCUGUUUAACUACUAUCUGCACGAGCAGUACCUGCUGGCCUUUGCCCUCAGUUUCAGCCGCUGGUUGUGUGCCCACCCGGAGCUGUACCGCCUGCCUGUGACGCUGAGCUCAGCAGGGCCUGUGGCCCCUGGGGACCUCAUCUCCAAGGGCUCCCUGGGGGCGGACGAUCUCAUCUCCCCAGACGCACUUAGCACCAUCAAAGAGAUGGAUGUGGCCAACUUCCGGCGAGUGUCUCGAAUGCCCAUCUAUGGCACAGCCCAGCCCAGUGCCAAGGCCCUGGGGAGUAUCCUGGCCUACUUGACUGAUGCCAAGAGGAAGCUGCGGCAGGUUGUUUGGGUCAACCUGCGGGAAGAGGCUGUGCUGGAGUGUGAUGGGCACACCCACAGCUUGCGGAGGCUGGGGCCCCCCAUGACCACUGACCAACUGGAGAACCUGGAGACCCAGCUGAAGGCCCACCUGAGCAUGCCUCCCCCAGGCGCAGAGGGCCCACGGACCCACAGGUUCCAGACAUGCCUCACCAUGCAGGAGGUCUUCAGCCAGCACCGCGGGGCCUGCCCUGGCCUCACCUACCACCGCAUCCCGGUGCCAGACUUCUGUGCCCCCCGCGAGGAGGAUUUUGACCGGCUGCUUGAGGUCCUGCGGGCCGCCCUCGCCAAGGACUUGGGCACCGGCUUUGUGUUCAGCUGCCUCAGUGGCCAGAGCCGGACCACGACGGCCAUGGUGGUGGCUGUGCUCGCCUUCUGGCACAUCCGAGGCUUCCCCGAGGUGGUCGAAGAGGAGCUCGUGAGUGUGCCUGAUGCCAAAUUCACCAAAGGGGAGUUUGAGGUGGUGAUGAAGGUGGUCCAGCUGCUGCCCGACGGGUACCGCGUGAAGAAGGAGGUGGACGCGGCGCUGGACACGGUCAGCGAGACCAUGACGCCCAUGCACUACCACCUGCGGGAGAUCAUCAUCUGCACCUACCGCCAGGUGAAGGCAGCCAAGUCGGAGCAGGAGACCCGGAGGCUGCGGCUGCGGAGCCUGCAGUACCUGGAGCGCUACGUCUACCUGGUGCUCUUCAACGCUUACCUCCACCUGGAGAAGGCCGGCUCCUGGCAGCGCCCUUUCAGCGCCUGGAUGCGAGAGGUGGCGUCGAAGGCUGGUGUCUACGAGAUCCUCAAUCAGCUGGGCUUCCCUGAGCUCGACAGCGCGGAGGACCAGCCCUUCUCAAGGCUGCGCUGCCGGUGGCAGGAGCAGAGCCACAGCCUGGAGCCCUUCACUGCCGGGGACUUUCUGUAGGACGUGUUUCCUUGCUCCCAUUCCCUCCCGCAGGGCCCCACGAAGGCUGGGGUGCUGGAGGUGCUCUUUAUUGAAGUGGCCCUGAGCUGACAGUUGCCCAGCUUCCCAGAGAGACUGGGGCUGGGUUGGGACCCCUUUUUUGAAAGAGCAUUUUAUAGGACAAUUAGCACACAGUCAUACCUUGUAAAUGACAGGCAUGAGAACCUCCUUUAGGAGGGCCCAGUGUGUCCGCCUUGCAGACGGGCUGGUAUCAGCCUCCUAGGAGCUCACUCCUCAAGUUGCCAAACAGAGCUACUUGCCGCUUCCACUGCCAUCCCCUCCUUCCCCCCUCUCAGAGCAGGUCUGACCACCCCGUGCAGAGCAACUGGCCAGCGUGGGUUUCGUUUUUUUUCAUUCCUUUGCUGCUCUCCCUCCUGGCUUCUCCCCUUUAGCUGCCUGAGCACAACCCUCGGGACCCUGGCUCCCUGGGAAGUGGACAGCACUCUGGGUGGCUUUGUGACUUUAAAGGCAGCUUUACCUGGUUUUUCUUGCCUCUUGUAUCCCGUCUCCAACCUGGAGAUUUCAGGAAGUACAACCACAUGGCUUGGUGGGUCCAGCAGAGACCUCUGCCUCUCUUCCUUUCCCCUCUCCCCUUCCCUGGGGCUGGCAGGGCUGUGGAGUUUUCUAAGGAGCUGGAAACAUCAGGGAGCCCUUCUCAGGGCAAGGAAGAGCUUCCAGAAGCUAGAUGUAGCCCUGUGGAAGGAGCCAGCUCCAUUUGCCUGGGAACCCAGGUGGGAGGUGCUGAGGAAGCCAAAGUACCCAGCCUUGGGUCCCUCUGCACCUCUUCCCUGCCCCACCAGCCCAAGAUGUCCCUGUGUCCCCACCUGCUGCAGCAGGAACCCUCAGGGGUGCUGGGUAACCUGAGAGAACAGUGAAGAAUAUGAGUGGGCUAAGGGUGGCAUUAAGGGUCACCUGGAUUCCAGACCAUUCUUGCUGAGGGCCAUUGAACUGCCUCCCAGGGGAAGCAGAAGGGGCUACGCAAGGCCUGCAGGAUCUGCUGUGUCCAGACAGUAGGAAAGCUGCUCAGAAGAGGCAGGCGGUGUUGAGUUGAGCUUGCAGCUCUUCCUCUGGGGACUGGUGUCUGCUGAAACCCAGGGGCUGAACAGUGGGGAGGCUGUACACCUGGCCUGGCUCAUUGGGGCCAGGGGGACUCUCUGUGGUCGAGUACUUGCACUUCUAUGGAGAAAUAGGUGGUUGUGUCCCUGGUCAUGAUAUUUGAGAAGGGGAGAAGAGGCUGAAGUUGUUCAUAUCUGCCUAGUAUUGGAAAAUAUUUGACCAUCUUGGCUGAUUUCUUUUUGCAAAACUACUGUAUGUCUGUUCACUACCUUUCUAGGUUUGUUGUUUUUGUUUUUAUUAUUUUUGCAGAUAUUAAAAAUUGUUAAUUUCUUCGCAGACAAGGUCUAGGUGAGGGGUCAGAGAUUGGGGCUGAACUGGGAGGGAGCCUUUGUGUUCUCAUGGUGGCCCUGACUUUCAGCUGUGCUGAGACCACUGGCCUGUCACAUCACUGCUCUGCCUCAGUAUCCCCAUCUAUAAACGGGAGAAUAAUACUUGCCUACCUACCUCACAGGGGUGUUGUGAGGAUUCAUUUGUGAUUUUUUUUUUUUUUUUUUUAAAGAGCUUUUGAGCAUUAAAAACAGCUAAAUGUGAA